UUCUUGUCCAACAAGAUAAAUAAAUAAAGAGAUGAAAGACUAUAAAUAUCAAUUGAAGCCUUUUACCAAUAAUUUCUUUUGAUUAAUCCGUUUGAAUUUUUUUCCCUUUCUGUUCUCUGGUUUCCUUCUCUCUAUCUCGGUUUACCAAUUAUGAGUCACUCUGCUGGAUCUUCCGACUCGAAAUCGGGGAAAAAAGACUUUUCAACUGCGAUCUUGGAAAGAAAAAAGUCGCCAAAUCGAUUGAUCGUUGACGAAACGGUCAACGAUGAUAAUUCCGUUGUUUCUAUGCACCCAGACACAAUGGAGAAGUUGCAGCUCUUUCGCGGUGAUACUAUUCUCAUCAAGGGAAAGAAGCGAAAGGAUACAAUCUGCAUUGCUCUUGCUGAUGAAACAUGUGAGACGGCGAAGAUUAGGAUGAACAAAGUUGUUCGGUCAAAUCUGAGGGUUCGACUUGGAGAUGUUGUGUCUGUGCACCAGUGCCCUGAUGUGAAGUAUGGGAAGCGUGUUCACAUUCUUCCCAUUGAUGAUACCAUCGAAGGUGUUACUGGGAAUCUGUUUGAUGCUUACUUGAAGCCUUAUUUCUUGGAGGCUUAUCGUCCUGUGAGGAAAGGAGAUUUAUUCCUUGUUAGAGGAGGGAUGAGGAGUGUUGAGUUCAAGGUCAUUGAGACUGACCCAGCGGAGUAUUGUGUAGUUGCCCCAGAUACUGAGAUUUUCUGUGAGGGGGAACCUGUGAGGAGGGAAGAUGAGGAUAGGUUGGAUGAAGUUGGUUAUGAUGAUGUAGGUGGUGUUAGGAAGCAGAUGGCUCAAAUUCGUGAGUUGGUGGAAUUGCCACUAAGGCAUCCUCAACUUUUCAAAUCAAUCGGUGUUAAACCACCCAAAGGAAUUUUGCUUUACGGACCACCGGGUUCUGGUAAGACAUUAAUAGCCAGAGCUGUUGCUAAUGAAACUGGUGCUUUCUUCUUCUGUAUUAAUGGACCAGAGAUUAUGUCUAAACUGGCUGGAGAGAGUGAAAGCAAUCUUAGGAAGGCUUUUGAAGAAGCUGAGAAGAAUGCUCCAUCUAUCAUAUUUAUUGAUGAGAUUGAUUCAAUAGCUCCUAAGCGUGAGAAGACGCAUGGUGAAGUUGAGAGAAGGAUUGUUUCACAGCUUUUGACUCUCAUGGAUGGACUGAAAUCAAGGGCUCAUGUGAUUGUUAUUGGGGCUACUAAUCGUCCAAAUAGUAUUGAUCCAGCUUUGAGAAGGUUCGGGAGGUUCGAUAGGGAGAUAGACAUUGGGGUGCCGGAUGAAAUUGGUCGCCUUGAAGUCCUUCGCAUCCAUACCAAGAACAUGAAGCUUUCUGAUGAUGUUGAUCUAGAAAGGAUUUCAAAAGACACUCAUGGUUAUGUUGGUGCUGACCUUGCUGCUUUAUGCACUGAAGCUGCACUGCAGUGCAUCAGAGAGAAGAUGGAUGUCAUUGACUUGGAGGAUGAGUCUAUUGAUGCAGAGAUACUUAAUUCAAUGGCAGUUACAAAUGAGCACUUCCAAACUGCCCUUGGAACUAGCAAUCCAUCUGCUCUGCGUGAAACAGUGGUUGAAGUGCCUAAUGUCAGCUGGGAGGAUAUUGGAGGCCUUGAGAAUGUUAAGCGAGAACUUCAAGAGACUGUUCAAUAUCCUGUGGAGCACCCAGAGAAGUUCGAGAAAUUUGGCAUGUCACCUUCUAAGGGGGUCCUUUUCUAUGGUCCUCCUGGAUGUGGCAAAACUCUCCUUGCUAAGGCUAUUGCAAAUGAGUGCCAAGCAAACUUCAUCAGCGUCAAAGGCCCUGAACUGCUCACCAUGUGGUUUGGUGAGAGUGAAGCCAAUGUUAGAGAAAUAUUUGACAAGGCCCGGCAGUCUGCACCUUGUGUCCUUUUCUUUGAUGAGCUUGAUUCCAUUGCUACACAGAGAGGAAGCAGUGUUGGGGAUGCGGGUGGAGCAGCUGAUAGGGUUCUAAACCAACUUCUAACUGAAAUGGAUGGCAUGUCAGCUAAAAAGACUGUUUUUAUCAUUGGGGCCACCAACAGACCUGACAUUAUUGACCCGGCACUUUUGAGGCCUGGCCGGCUUGAUCAGUUAAUUUAUAUUCCUCUACCGGAUGAGGAAUCCCGUCAUCAGAUCUUCAAGGCCUGUUUGAGAAAAUCACCCAUCUCUAAAGAUGUUGAUUUGAGGGCACUGGCUAGGUAUACCCAAGGUUUUAGUGGUGCUGAUAUUACUGAGAUUUGCCAGCGAGCAUGCAAGUAUGCCAUCAGAGAGAACAUUGAAAAGGACAUAGAGAGGGAAAGGAGGAGGAGUGAGAAUCCUGAAGCAAUGGAUGAGGACGUUGAAGAAGAUGUUGCAGAGAUUAAGGCUGCACACUUUGAAGAGUCCAUGAAGUUUGCUCGUCGGAGCGUCAGCGAUGCCGACAUUCGCAAAUAUCAGGCAUUCGCCCAGACUCUGCAGCAGUCUAGGGGUUUUGGAUCUGAAUUUAGAUUUUCAGAGACCGGAACGGCAGCUGCACCAUCUGACCCUUUUUCAACUUCUGCAGCUGGGGCAGACGAGGAAGAUUUGUAUAGCUAGGUUAUGUAGGUUUAGCAACUGAAUUUUCAUAUCUGGUUAUUGCUUUUUUUAUUUUGGAUUUGGACACGUUAAGCCAGAAUCUAGUCAUACUUUUUAAUGUUUUUCAUGGAUAAUUACUUCAAACUUAAAAAGUCUUUUCUCUUUUAA